UCCCGGUGCUGGAGAUUUGAAAACAUGGCUCUGCAGUUCACCGAGCAGCAGUUUCAGGAGGCAUGGAAGGAGCUCGAUGAGCCUCAGAUAGGAGGAGAAUGGGAAUUUUUCACAGAGACCAUGGGGGUUAAAAUAUAUCGACGUUUCAUCAAGGAAACUGGACUCUAUGAGUACAAAGUUUUUGGCUCGCUGUCCACCUGCUCUCCAGACCUCUGUGCAGAUGUGUAUAUGGAUCUGGCUUACAGGAAGCAUUGGGAUGAUUAUGCCAAAGAGCUCUAUGAGAGAGACUAUGGCGGCCAGAAGGCUAUUUACUGGGAGGUGAAAUAUCCCUUCCCCCUGUCUAACAGGGAUUAUGUGUAUGUGCGGGAGCGCAGGGAGCUGGAGGUGAAUGGGAGAAAAAUCUGGGUGGUUUUAGCUAAAAGCUCAGCUGUGUCUCAGUGUCCAGAGAAAGCAGGAGUGAUCAGAGUAAAGGACUACAAACAGAGCGUCGCCAUGGAGAGUGAUGGGGCCAACAGCACUAAAGUCUUCAUGAACUAUUUUGACAAUCCUGGUGGUAAGAUCCCAACGUGGCUUGUAAACUGGGCAGCUAAGACUGGAGUUCCUGCCUUUCUCACGGACAUGCAGAAAGCCUGCAACAACUACGCAAACUACUGCCAGAACAAGAAGUGAUGUGCACUUUAAUUUGCCAAAAACAAUUCAUCACUCCUUCUUUCAGCUUUCCUCCAUUCUUUUUUUUCCACUCUUUGAGGAAUACAGUCCAUAAAUGCUAAUAAUGAAUGGAAGCUAGCAUGAUUAUGCAGUUCCAUUUAUUGUUAUCCACGUUAGCAUUUUUGGCCAAAUUGUUUUUUUUAAGGGGCAUUUAUGGGGGCGCGAGCACGUAUACUUUUAACGUCUGUGGUGCCAAGUGAAUGUUACUGGUAUCCAACUUAUGUGGGGACAUUAAUAGAUGCAGGUAAAUGAUGGGCUAUAAAGCUACAUUCUUUUUAAAUCAUUUAAAGCAUUAUAAAGCUCUAG